ACGCUUUUAGUUUUAUUUCCGUGGUUUUGAGAAGAAACUAGUGUUCUUAAACAGUAAUAAACUUUCACUAUUUGGUUACAAAAAAUCAGGGUUCUAUUUAGUUUUAUCAUAUUCUGUUUGGUUACCCACUUUUAUUAUAAUCUUGGCAUUCUUUUUAGUUUGUCCAAGAAACAUUGUCGGCUUAGAUGGAGAAGCAUUUGUUGUGUAACCUCACAAAUAAUACAGCUUGCUUUUGCUACCAUUUUCAAAUCAUUCUUAUGUGUUCAAUCUGUGGAAAAGUUUGUUGGUUUUCUUGCUUUUGAUUGUAACUUAAGGUUGUUGGAAUUUGGAAAUAUGUGAUAGGACUGAAGCAUUUUGGGCUCUAACCCUAGUAGAAGACUAAUCAGUUGCUAAAUGGAGCAGUACGAAAUACUAGAGCAAAUUGGGAAGGGGGCUUUUGGCUCUGCCGUUCUUGUGAGGCAUAAGCAUGAAAAAAGAAGGUAUGUGUUGAAAAAGAUUCGUCUUGCCCACCAAACUGAUAAGACCCGUAGAUGUGCACACCAGGAGAUGGAGCUUAUUGCCAAAAUGAGGAAUCCGUUUAUUGUGGAGUAUAAAGAUUCUUGGGUAGAGAAGGGCUGCUAUGUAUGCAUCAUUAUUGGUUAUUGUGAACAAGGAGACAUGGCAGAAGCUAUAAAGAAAGCAAAUGGUGUUCUUUUUUCAGAAGAGAAGCUGUGUAAAUGGCUUGUUCAAUUGCUUAUGGCUCUUGACUACUUACAUGUGAAUCAUAUUCUUCAUCGAGAUGUUAAGUGCUCAAAUAUAUUCUUGGCAAAAGAUCAAGACAUACACCUUGGUGAUUUUGGACUUGCUAAGAUGUUGACAUCAGAUGAUCUUGCAUCCUCCGUUGUAGGAACUCCAAGUUAUAUGUGCCCUGAGCUUCUUGCUGUCAUACCUUAUGGCUCUAAGUCAGACAUUUGGUCCAUGGGAUGUUGUAUAUAUGAAAUGACUUCUCCUAUGCCUGCAUUUAAAGCAUUUGACAUGCAAGCGCUGAUCAACAAAAUAAAUAAGUCUAUUGUUGUAAUGACCCACAUUCUCGUCUCAGUCACGUUCAUUGUCCGAGAUCGCAAGACCACAAAAUUCCAGACUUUGACACAGUGUAACAGGACAAUGGCUGAAUAUGAUCGUGCUUUCACUGAGUUGGCAAGGUAUGCACCUCACAUGGGGCGGAAUGGGGUCGUGAAAAUUGUGGCACCACUUCCAACCAAAUACUCUAGUGCAUUUCGGGCCCUCAUCAAAAGCAUGCUGCAGAAAAACCCAGAACCUCGGCCGAGUAAAAAGCUGAAAAUAAUAUUUGGUAGAUUGCAAUGCAAAAAUGAGAUUGUACUGCAAAUAGAGAAUCAUGACUUUGUUUGUAACCAUCAUGGUAACUGUAAGGAUAGUAGUCAUAAGUCCUUGAUGGUUGCUGUGGUUCUAGAUAUGAUGGGUAUGUCAAUAGUGAAGUGCCUGUGGUCGUAUGGGAUAGAGUGGUAA